GCGGUGAUCGGCGGUAGUGCGUACACGCGUGCGUAUUCAGUUUCAGAUUCUUUGUCCAGAUUGGAACCGCCGUAUUGCCAAUCGAUCAUCAUGGCAAAGACAAACUUGGCCGAGUAACGAUUUUAACAACAAACCAUGAAUCGCAAAAUUGGUCCGCGUAAAGUGGGCCAUUGGCGUCGUGUGUAGCGUCGUGUUGGUGCAUACAAUCCGGUUAACCUUGAGCAUAUUCACGCUGCGAACUAAAGUUAAAGCCGAUCGUGGCUCGCUGCCAAAGGUAGUGAAACGGUUGAACAGUUGUACGAAGCGAUUGCAUCCACCCGAAUGCACGUGCUAUUGGCGUCGGGGUACCGGGCAACGAAAAGUAAACUUGGUGCUUCACAAUCAAGACGGUGUGAGAGUCGGUGGACUUUCAGUGGUUUGAUAUCGAAAUUCCUGAUAAGAUAAGAAAAUCCAAUGGACCCGCCGAGUCGGGUUUGGGCUCGCCGAGGUGCAAUUCUCGGGCUAGCUUAGGGUACCUGCCAGCAGCACCAACCAGCACCACAAUGUGUGUUAGUCUCGUUAUCUUUGGCAAAACGAUACCAUACCCGCCGUUCGGGGUAAGGUGACUGAUGAGUACUAGGCCGCGGCUACUACUAUUCCACCAUUCUGUACAGGGCGGUACUACAGUUCUGCAGCAGCGUGAAUCCUGCGGGUUGUGUGUGCCAACGAAGAAAACGAAAGUAAAAAAUAGAGGAUCGUGAAGGUGAAAGCGAAAGUGGCACGUGUGCGUAAUCGAUCGAAACCGAUCGAUCUGUUUCAUCUUAAAAUGCUUCCCGUUCGAAAGAAGCAAUGUGUUUUCAUGGCUGUGCUACUGUUGGCGGUGUGUUGCGGCAUCGUUUUAGCCGGAGACGAGAACGACAAUAAGCAAUCCCCAACCACCUUGGCGACUGAGACGACAAAUACUACAUCUUCUCCUACAACGCCUGCUUGGAUGCCUUACAUGGUAGCCGGAGACACAAGCGCCAACACGUCCAUUCUAUGCAAAACGUGUACCUGUAGCAAGGACACAGCUACCUUCGAUUGCACGGAGGUGAAGCUAAACUCGACAACGAGCUUCUCAUCGGAAGCAUGGCAAUCACUGAAUGCCACCGGGUUAAUGGCGAAGACGAUUAUUAUGAAAUCCACCGGCUUGCAGCGUGUGAUACGCUUCCCGGCGAUGAAUGUAACGCUGCUUGACCUAAGCUUCAACGAUAUCGACACGAUCGAGAGCAAAUGUUUCAUCGAUCUGGCACAACUGGAGGUGCUGGAUUUGUCGCAUAAUCGACUCCGAACGGACACGCUCACACCGGACAUUUUCGAUGGUCACUACUCGCCGGAGUUUUUUGAUCCUCUGGUAAAAUUGCGCGAGUUGCGUCUCGGUUCGAAUCAACUGCACUCCCUCAACCCGGACCUGUUCGAGCAUUUGCCAGCACUGGAGGUGUUGAGCCUGGAGCUGAAUACCUUCAAAGUGAUCGAUUCUCAGGCGGAAACUGCAAUCAGUGGUAUCGCUGCGCUCGUUAGUCUCGAUUUGAGUUACAUGGAGUUGGAGGAUAUCCCAACGUAUCUGUUUCACACACCGCGUGGACUGCGCUAUCUCAAUUUGACUGGCAAUCUCCUGAAGGAGGUACCGACGGCCCUCAGACGUGCGGAAGGACUUACCUGGCUAAGUCUAGAUGAAAACCCAAUAAUGAGCAUCGCGAUGGGAAACGAAUUCCCCGUAAUGAAAAACCUUACAUACCUCAGCAUGUCCUACAUGCCGGUGUUGUCAGUAAUAGGUCGUGGUGCGAUGCGAGGUCUCGUGUCGCUCCAAGAGUUGCAUCUGACCAAUAAUCCGCACCUGAGCAUCCUUCAUCAGGACGCGUUCGCACGGAAUGACAACGACAAUCCGGAGCGACUCGAUUGGCCACCUGUUCGACGACUUUUCUUGCAUAAUAAUGCGCUCAAGUACCUAGACGCACAGCUGCUCGUCCAGUGGGACUCGAUGGAAGUGAUCGACAUUCGCGUCAAUCCUUGGGCCUGUGACUGUACUAACCGAUGGGUCGUAUCAACGCUUCUACCAAUCAUCGAGCGAACUACACCAGCCAUCCUUAAUAACAUUGUCUGCGAUAGUCCUCCACAAAUGCUAGGGGUCUCCAUGGUCGAUCUCGAACAUCAGCACACAAAGUUGCGUUGCAUCGACACUGCGGGCAACAACCCAUCUAACGAUGGUGCACUAUUAAUGGGUCUUCUGAUCGGAGUGUUGGUAGCCAUCCCGCUUACAGCCGCCAUCUGGUGCAUCUACAAGCGCGGUUGCUUUGGUCUAUUCGCGCGCCCCGGUCCGGCCAACUACUCGCGGGCCUUCUACAGCCGAACGACGCUAAAUGAGGAAUUUUAGAAUAAUUCCAGGGGCGAAUCGUUGCGAUCGCUUCACCACACCUUCACCAAAUACUUUGUGACACAGCUACUGUACUUGUUGCCAUAUAACUUACUAGCGUAUUCUUAGAAGGAUAUGCAAUGGGCUAGCAAAGCAGGGGGAGAUUAAUAAUUAAGUUAUGUAAACCACUCGUAUCGCAAUUCAUUAAAUAGAUGUUUUCUCUUUUACA